CACGUCAUUCGUGCAUAGCUCACAUACGGCACUUCCCAACCAGCACCAACGUCGUGGGCUGUGGAUGUGGCAGCAAAGCACCGCCGGUCUAACUGACAACGUGUCUCCUGCAGUGCACUCACAAGUGUAGUUGUGCUUGGUUUUCUAGAUUUUCACAUUGUAAGCUGUCAAGUGUCAGUGCCAUGUUUGCCAGACUGGCCUUGUGCACUCGCCUGCCAUCCAGAAUCAGGCAGUCAAAUGUCUGUCCAGUGUCCAUCAGAUCACAUUCCCAGGUUAAAUUCCCACGUCCCCAUGGAAAGUCUUUUGUCCACCGCAGUGAGUUAAAGCAGGCCAAGCGUAUUGUAGUGAAGCUGGGAAGUGCUGUGGUGACACGCGACGAGUGCGGUCUGGCACUGGGACGACUGGCCUCGAUAGUAGAGCAGGUGGCCAUGCUGCAGAACCAAGGCAGGGAGAUGAUGAUUGUAACCAGUGGUGCUGUGGCAUUUGGGAAGCAGAGACUAAGACAUGAGAUCCUGCUGUCUCAAAGCGUCAGACAAGCCUUGCAUUCUGGACAGAACCAACUCAAAGAAAUGUCAGUUCCAGUUUUGGAGGCGAGGGCGUGUGCAGCUGCUGGACAGAGCGGUCUGAUGGCGUUGUAUGAAGCUAUGUUUACCCAGUACAGCACCUGCACUGCACAAAUUCUGGUCACCAACCUGGAUUUUCAUGAUGAGCAGAAGCGUCGCAACCUGAACAGCACGCUCCAUGAACUGCUGCGGAUGAACAUAGUUCCGAUCAUCAACACCAACGAUGCUGUUGUUCCGCCCCCUGUUCCCAACAGUGACCUGCAGGGGGUAAAUGUAAUAAGCAUCAAAGACAAUGACAGCUUGGCUGCACGGCUGGCUGUUGAAAUGAAGGCAGACCUCCUUAUUGCCCUGUCUGAUGUUGAAGGCUUAUACGACAGUCCCCCAGGAACAGAUGAUGCCAAGCUUAUUGAUAUAUUCUACCCUGGAGACCAGCAGUCAAUCACGUUUGGCACUAAGUCCAGAGUCGGCAGCGGUGGCAUGGAAGCCAAGGUGAAAGCCGCCCUUUGGGCACUACAGGGUGGGACGUCCGUUGUCAUUGCCAACGGCACACAUCCUAAAGUCACAGGCCACGUCAUCACAGACAUUGUGGAAGGGAAGAAAGUUGGCACCUUCUUCUCUGAGGUGAAACCUGCAGGUCCAACUGUGGAGCAGCAGACCGAGAUGGCCCGGCAUGCAGGCAGGGCUCUGGCCUCCCUGGACCCUGAACAGAGAGGGGAGAUCAUCUGCUGUCUUGCUGAGCUACUUACAGAGAAGAAAGAUGAGAUUCUCAGUGCCAACAGGAGAGACAUGGAGUUAGCAAAUUCGUCAGGUCGUCUCUCCCAGCCUCUGAUCGACCGCCUGAGUCUGUCAACUGCUAAGCUGAACAGCCUUGCCAUUGGCCUCCGUCAGCUUGCCGUGUCCUCCAGGGAUAGCGUGGGUCGGGUGCUGAGGAGGACCAGGGUGGCCAACAACCUAGAGCUGGAACAGAUUACAGUCCCCAUCGGUGUGCUGCUGGUCAUCUUUGAGUCCCGUCCUGAUUGUCUCCCUCAGGUGGCAGCUCUGGCUAUUGCCAGUGGAAAUGCUUUGCUACUGAAGGGGGGUAAAGAAGCUUCCAACACCAAUAAAAUUCUACAUCAACUCACUCAGGAAGCACUUUCCAUUCAUGGAGUGGCGGAUGCAAUUCAACUGGUGAGCACACGUGAAGAAGUCGAGGAUCUGUGCAGGCUCGACAAGUUGAUCGACCUGAUCAUUCCAAGGGGCUCGUCCCAGCUGGUCCGGACCAUCCAAAGGGCGGCUAAGGGUAUUCCUGUGCUGGGCCACAGCGAGGGCAUCUGUCAUGUCUACAUUGACAACGACGCCAGCAUAGACAAAGCUAUUGAUGUUGUCAGAGACUCCAAAUGUGACUACCCUGCAGCCUGCAAUGCCAUGGAGACCCUCCUUAUUCACAGGGAUCUGCUGCGAACUCCUAUAUUUGACCAGAUCAUUGAUAUGCUGAGAACAGAAAAUGUGAAGAUCCAUGCAGGCCCCCGGUUUGCAUCCUAUUUAACUUUCAGCCCAUCUGAGGUGAAGUCUCUGAGGACAGAGUAUGGGGAUCUGGAGUGCUGCAUUGAGGUGGUAGACAGCAUGCAGGAUGCUGUGGACCACAUCCACAAAUAUGGCAGCUCCCACACUGAUGUCAUUAUUACAGAAAAUGAAGAGACAGCGGAACAGUUUCUGCAGCAGGUGGACAGCGCCUGUGUAUUCUGGAACGCCAGCUCUCGCUUUGCCGAUGGCUACCGCUUUGGCCUAGGAGCGGAGGUUGGUAUAAGUACGGCACGGAUACACGCCAGAGGUCCAGUGGGUUUGGAGGGGCUUCUGACCACCAAAUGGGUCCUUCGAGGAGAAGGGCACACUGCGGCUGACUUCUCUGAGCAAGGCAGUAUGAAAUACCUUCAUGAAAACAUCCCUGUACCCCAGGGGAGCUUUAGUUAAGUGCCCAACCAAAGAGCCAUCAACAGGAAUCAAGAUAACUGAUGUCUACCCAGAGUUCAUUUAAAGGUUUGUGUCUGCCAGUAGCUGCUUCAUCACCUGUAUACAACCACUAUGUUGGUGCAGGAAACUUGCAUGCAGAACAGAGGCUACUAAUACUGGACAACCACGUUCGUGCUUUUGUGAACCUGCCAUAAACCUGUGAUCCACUUUUUUUUUAGAUGAAUAACAAUCUCCUGAGACUUAUUGGUUGUUACAUGACUGAGAGGGAAAUGUUUCUGGUAAAAGAAAAAAACUAAAUUCUGUUAUUUAUAUGUGACAGCGUGACAAAGUAUACACAGACAAAGCUCUUUCCUCUGUAAAAAAAAAAUGAAAUCAUUGGCUUAGCUGUGGUUUUAUAACUUAUUUUUCUACAUGCAAACUAUCCCUUGGCCUUUUUGUAAUGUACUGGAAGUGUUUCUGCAGGAUUGUGGUUUAGGUAUUUUGCUGUCCUUCCUCUUUGCACAGAUGAUUUAAUAAAUAUGCUGUACAGUUCUUUA